UUGUCAAGCGUAGGACGUAUGUCUUUGCAGAAGUGUUUGACACUGGUCAGUUCUAUUUCCCUGAACGGCUGGUGGUGAUGAGGUAUUUCGCAUGACAUCUAGUCAAGUCUCCAUCAGUGCACAAUACUGACAAAAUACUCUGCAAGAUGUCGAAUUCUAACUGACGUCAUUUCGAGGAUUGGAUGUUUCAGUGCAUUUGUUUCUAAUACACCAGAGGCUUCACCUUCAUUAUGCAGUGGCCAGUGUGGCUGGUACUUAUUGCUGUAAGCUGUUCAUUAGGAUCUUGUCAAGGUCAGCUCAGUAUCAGCGCCGACGCCAUCUCCGAGACUGAGGUGUACGUCUCAUGGGACACUCUAGGGGAUCAGGAACUGCAGGACUUCCGACUGUCCUUCACAACCAGCCAGAGCGACCCAUGGCUACUGCUUAGCGUAUUCCCUGGGAUCAGAGGCUUCCGGGUCAUGGACCUUGACCCUGGAGAGCUCUAUUACUUCCGGGCACAAGGUCAACUGGGAAAUGAAAAGGCCACGGCCGUCACACAUGUCAAGACUCCUCCUUAUGCAAAUUCCAGCAGGCCAGCCAAUGUGACUGUCAACAAGGUGACAGGGGGAGUCAAGGUACGUUGGCUAGCAGCAGAUACCAAGUCUGUACUUGGCUACGUCGUGUCUUACGUGCAAGUCGACAGCAACAACGUAGCCGUCGAGCCCAUGGCAAGUAAAUCAGUAUUUGGAAAUCCAGAAGUGGUGCUGGACUUCGAGAAUGGAGCACGCUACAAGGUGCAGGUACAAUUUCGCACCCGUUACGGCGUGGGAGACUUCAGCCUUCCCAUCUUCAUCGGGGAAAAACUUCCAGUUAACCCAAAGAUGAAAGGUAAACCAGGCACCAAGAAGGUAGUCGCGGGCAGUACGGUGUUCAUCACAUGUGCGGCCAUCGCUGACCCUACCCCCAUGAUCACGUGGCGAAGAUCGGGGCGCUUGGUGAAUUUCGCGAAGAAGCGUUUCUCGGUUGCGGAGUCCCCUGGGUCGUCAACUCUGCGAAUACACAGCGUCCUCCCUGAAGACAAAGGCCCCUAUGUCUGUCUCGUCAACAACAAAGUCGGCAGAUCCAUUAAGGCAAGGGCUGUCCUCAAAGUCCAUCCUGCGAAAAAGAAAGGGUACCCGCAGAUAGCCUUGCAGCCUGAGUCAUCACAGUUUGAGGAAGGCGAGAACAUGACCUUUAACUGCAGGGGUCAAGGUCGCGGGAAGAUGAGAUACGCAUGGUACAGAGAUGGAUUACCAGUAUCCGAAAUGCCUCGAUACGUCAUUGACCCAUCAGGAUAUCUAACCAUAUACAGAUUAACGAAGAACGACAGUGGAGACUACAUCUGUGAGGUGUCCAAUAACAUGGGUUCUGUGUACUCAGUGGACGCGAAUCUCGAGGUAAUAGAUCGUUCGAUAAUCGAGCCGGCGUCUUUCAAGCCCGCUGAGUUAGUUGCACGUGUACCGUAUAGUGGCGCUGUGAACAUCACGUGCGAGGCAAACGGAGAUCCGGUGCCCUUUGUCAAGUGGAUUCUGGUGAAUGAAAAGACGACAACAACGGAACGCCAAGGUCGGUUCGUUCUGGCAUUAACUAAUGUCCACUCUUCUGGAAGUUACCAAUGCGUUGCCACCAGUGGAGAACAAACCAUCACACAGAGCUAUGAAGUCAUUGUUGACCUUCCUGCCCUGCCGCGGCCUGUCAUCACUACGUCACAGAGGCUGGAUGGGGGAGCAGGCUUCAUCCGAUGGCAAGCAGCCGAGGAAGAACAGGACACCUACCCCGGAGUCACGGGUUUCACCGUCACAUACUCCCCCGUUGAUGCCUCAGACAGGGCCAUCGAUGCCCCGAAACAUUCAGUAUCCCAUAAUGCCUCAGACAGGAAAGAUCUGAUGCCAUGGUUACAAGGGGGAUAUCGGUACAAGGUCGUGGUUCAGGCUGAAGGUCAGGAGGGGUCAGGGCCGUCCAGUGAGCCAGCCUAUAUACCAGCAGUCGGUCAGCCCGAGAUUGUCAUUUCACCUCAGCCUCUUACCAUCUCCAAUGGAAGCAUUGCCAUUUUCCACUGUAAAGCCUAUGGAAAACCAAUUCCGCUCCUGUACUGGACAAAGGGAGGCAACCGUAUUGACUAUGAUGAUUUCCGCUUUAAAAUGAAGGUGAAGGACGGUUACAGUAUGCUACGGGUUGACGGCGCGGUACCUGCAGACUCCGGCACAUAUACUUGCAUCGCCGCCAACAACAUUCUGGGACUGAGCGUGUCGCAGGAAGCUACCUUGGAAGUACUUCCAAGAGAAGACGUACCUGAAGGGUUCCCCGAGAUCUUGGAUGGUCCUCGCCAGAUGAACGUCAGCGGUCAACAGUUCCUGGAGUGUGUUGUUGAGGGAAACCCGGAUGUGAACAUCACGUGGUACAAGGACUCGUAUCCAGUGCUGGACUCCGCCAGGAUACUGCAAGAACAAGGACGACUCUACUUCAAUGAAUUGUCUCUGGUCGAUGAAGGCGAAUACCAGUGUCGCGGUUCAAACCAACAUGGCGAUGUUUUCUCCCCAAACCUGGCAGUCACAAAAAGGGCUCCUGGGAGACAGAUCAACCGCCCGUCAGUGAAGUAUGUGCGUCUGAACCCGGGUUCCAAUGUGAAUCUGACGUGUGCAGGGGUAGGGUCGCCCCAGGUCUCGUGGAUGUCUGACGGGGAGGAGAUCGACAAUGGUGGCAGUCACGUUCUACAGGUGAUGGAGAUCCGAGAAUCUCGCAACUACACAUGUGUGGCUCGCACCGAAGAAGAGGAGAGUCUCGCGACAUUUGUCCUCAUAAUGGAAGGGAAGAGUCGGGUUGCUCAGGGCAAGCCGGUCAUUGUGACGGACACGAACCUUGUGGAGGUGAGGUCGGGUCUGGGUUUGAAUCUUACAUGUGGCACUGGUGGGGUGCCGGUGCUCUACUUCAAGUGGCUGGUGGAUGGAGAAGUCAUCUUCCAAGACAAUCGCGGGGUGAAUAUCAACAGCAGUGUUCUCUAUCUGACCAACAUCCGGCACGACAAGAACUACACGUGUGUCGCUGUAGGUGCGAGGGAAAACGCCGAGGUAGCCUUCCAGGUGGUCGUCGUUGGAGGAGAAAGUAAUCCCAACAAGCCCAUAAUUGUCACACACCCCACGGACGUCUACGCCUUCGCGAAGCAGCCAGCGACACUUGACUGUCACGCUGAAGGCGAUCCUGCCCCUAUCAUCACGUGGUACAAGGACGGGAAGAAAGUCCAGACGACUAGGGAAGAUCCCCUCUCCACCAAGGUCGUUCUCCUGGGAGGAAAACUCUUCUUCCUUCGUGUCUUCCAUAAUGAAAAGGUGUCUGACGCUGGCGUCUACUACUGCAAUGCCACCAACGCCUUCGGCAGCACUAUCAGCAAAUACGCCACCUUACAGAUAGCCGCUGUACCACGAAUCACCACCCAACCAAAGCCAGUGAAGAUCAGGCGAGGGGGGAGUGUGAACUUGACGUGCACGGGAGAGGGGCCACCUCAGCCGCUGAUAACAUGGCGCUUAAACAACAAGGCCUUGCGGGGUGCCGCUUCAAAGGCCGGAAGUAACGUACUGAUUCUGCGCAAAGUGCAGAGGUCUGCCAACUACACUUGCGUGGCCCAUAAUACAGUAGGCAGAACACAGGCAGUGUUUCCGGUGUGGGUUGGAGGCUACGAAGAGCCGAGUAAGAAAGCAAAGGUUAAGGCGAUCAGAGUUGUUCCUGGGUCGUUCGUAAAUCUGACCUGCGUGACAGAAGAUCCACACAACACCAUAUUUUCAUGGUCAACCGAUGGCGAGGACAUUCCCGUGUUCGGAGCUAUUCUCACGCUACCCAAUGUACAGAAAUCGGUCAACUACACGUGCAGGGCGGAGAGCCCAAACAGGAGGUCGGAAGCGACCUUUAUGGUUAUCAUGGAGGCGGAACAUGCUCUUGUUAUCGGGGGGACGGAAUAUGUUGAAGAGGGGGACACGAUGUCACUCACCUGUAAUGCCACUGGGGAAUAUGCUGACGUCAGCAAUCUGGAGUGGUUUAAGGACGGGUCCCGAAUAGAUGCCGAAUCUGACCCUGAGAUCCACAUCUACAAAGUUCGACUCCGCGAUCACGAUCUCCUGACCAGCCGACUUACCAUUAUUCGUAGUCGGAAGAAGGACACGGGGGUGUACGCCUGUCGAACUCCGAACGGCGGCAUGCUGCGGAGUAUGGACGUGUUUGUUUUCAGAGAUGAUGUCACACCCCACGUGAAAGAAGUGCGUGUUGUCAAGGGAGACUACGUAAACUUGACCUGUGUGACUCCGGGUUCAAGGACGAGUAUGUACGUGUGGCAGAAAGAUGGCGUUUACAUCAAAGGUCAAACAGAGUCAUACUUUUCUCUGAACAAGAUUCAGAAGUCUGCUAAUUACACUUGCAUCUCCCAAGGAACGGCAGGUGCAUCCAAGGCAACGUUCAAAGUCAUCGUGGAAGGUAGGGCAGGCGUGACAAUAAGCGGGCCUCAGUCUGUCGUUGUGGGUGCUGCCGUCAGACUCAUCUGCAACGCUACAGGCAGAACGUCUGCGCCCAGUGACGUCGUGUGGCUCAAAGAUGGAGAGGAGCUCCACGAGUCGGAGACCGUCAUCAAGGGCAGGCUAAGCGGCCCAGAUCACCUGACACUAUAUGCAUUCCUAGAAGUGAUCAACAGCCGCACAACAGACAGCGGAACAUACAUCUGUCAGAGCACGCUUGGGGAUUCAUCCACCUUUCAGGUCAAGGUCAGAGAAGUGCCUAAAGCGAAAGGCCGGCCCGGUACGAGGAUAACGGUACCGCCGAAGGACAAGAGCGUUGAAGAUGGAGCCGUUGCUAGAUUCUACUGCGGCGCCACGGGCUCUAUUGCACUGUCUGUACACUGGGAGACGCAGGGACGGAGGAUAUACAGUAGGCGUCGCUUCACCGUGGCUGGAGACAAGGAUGAGUCAGUCCUGGAGAUCGACCCUGUGAUACUAGGCGAGGACGACGGGCAAUUUGCUUGUAUAGCGGAUGACGUCGACGGGCCAACGCAGUCCCAUUUCGCCAGGCUCACCGUCUACGAUCAUACCACUGUCCCGUUCGACUUACCCGCCAUCACGGAGCAACCUCGACUGCGGGCGGUAGAGCGAGGACGGACAACUGUGUUCCAUUGUGAGGCUUUAGGAACGAAAAACGCCACCAUACACUGGUACAAGGACAAAUUCCCCAUCUCCACCGGCGGGCGGUACACGGUAUUACCUGGAGAUCAGAGGAGCACCCUGAACGUGUCCGGAGUAGAGAUGGAGGACGAGGGGGUGUACCAGUGCUCCGUGGAGAACCAGGCAGGCAUCACAUAUUCCCAAGAAGCCAGUCUCUAUGUCAGGGGACGACAGUAUCCACCACACUUUACGAAGUCCGCAGAGAAUAAACGCGUGCGCAUUGGUGAUGACGUCACUAUGGUGUGCACAGCGGGUGGUGCACCUGUACCACUGGUACGAUGGAUUAAUAAUGGCCGUCCUAUUAACGGGGCGGGUCCAGCCAACGGGCGUGACGUCAUACGGUUGACAAACGUUCAGGAGUCCACUAAUAUAGUGUGUACAGCAGAGAAUCUGCUAGGCAACAUCGAAUAUACAGCCCGGGUGAUUGUGGAGGACCCUGAGGCGGUACCCGCGGCACCGGGACAGCCUAACGUCACCAACGUCGGUCAGGAUCAGGCGACGUUGAGCUGGGUGGACGCCAACAAGGAGGGUAUCCCCCCAAUCACCGUCUACAUCGUUCACGUCAGGAAGUGCAACAGGGACUGGCACGAGAACACAGCUCGUGACUUCAUCGUAACUGGCAAUAUUCAGGAGGUUGUGGUCAGCGGCCUCAAGCCCGGAACCUGCUUCCAGGUCAGACUGACUGCUAAAACUUCAAGGAGCAGGACCUCAGAGUGAGAAGUUCUACACCCGGAAGAAAGUUUCACGUGCUGCUCCUCAGAACGUUAAGGCGAGGCUGGUGAGGCGCGAUGGAGGUCUGGUUAGCUGGACCCAACCUGCCAUAGUCGGCG